UGGAAGCGGAUGUGCGCCAGGGCGGAAGUGGCGGUUUGUUGUGCCUGGGGGCUCGUGAGGCGGCGGCGACCCGUUCAUCAUGUCGAUCGAAAUCGAGUCCUCGGACGUCAUCCGUCUGAUUAUGCAGUAUUUGAAGGAGAACAGCUUGCAUCGGGCGUUGGCCACCCUGCAGGAAGAAACCACGGUGUCACUAAACACUGUGGACAGCAUCGAGAGCUUUGUGGCAGACAUCAACAGCGGCCACUGGGAUACAGUCCUGCAGGCCAUACAGUCCUUGAAGCUGCCAGACAAGACACUCAUCGAUCUGUAUGAGCAGGUUGUUUUGGAGUUGAUAGAGCUUCGCGAACUGGGUGCUGCCAGGUCCCUCCUGAGACAGACGGACCCCAUGAUCAUGUUAAAGCAGACCCAGCCAGAGCGGUACAUUCACCUGGAGAAUCUUUUGGCUAGGUCCUACUUUGAUCCACGUGAGGCAUACCCAGAUGGGAGCAGCAAGGAGAAACGAAGAGCGGCGAUUGCCCAGGCGUUGGCUGGUGAAGUCAGCGUUGUGCCUCCGUCUCGUCUUAUGGCAUUGCUAGGACAGGCUUUGAAAUGGCAGCAGCACCAAGGUCUGCUUCCUCCUGGUAUGACAAUUGACUUGUUCAGGGGCAAAGCUGCUGUGAAGGAUGUUGAAGAGGAAAAGUUCCCCACACAGCUCAGCAGGCAUAUUAAGUUUGGCCAAAAGUCACAUGUGGAAUGCGCUCGAUUUUCUCCGGAUGGCCAGUAUCUGGUCACUGGCUCUGUGGAUGGAUUCAUUGAAGUCUGGAACUUCACCACUGGGAAGAUCAGGAAGGAUUUGAAGUACCAGGCGCAGGAUAACUUUAUGAUGAUGGAUGACGCCGUGCUGUGCAUGUGUUUCAGCCGGGACACUGAAAUGUUAGCCACCGGAGCUCAAGACGGCAAGAUCAAGGUGUGGAAGAUUCAGAGUGGGCAGUGCCUGAGGCGAUUUGAACGCGCUCACAGCAAGGGUGUCACCUGCCUGAGUUUUUCGAAGGACAGCAGUCAGAUUCUUAGUGCCUCUUUUGACCAGACCAUCCGGAUUCAUGGCUUGAAAUCUGGGAAGACUCUCAAGGAAUUCCGUGGCCAUUCUUCAUUUGUCAACGAAGCAACUUUUACCCAGGACGGGCAUUACAUCAUCAGCGCGUCUUCGGAUGGCACCGUCAAGGUUUGGAACAUGAAGACGACGGAGUGCUGUAACACCUUCAAAUCUCUUGGCAGCACGGCUGGGACAGACAUCACCGUGAACAGUGUGGUUCUGCUGCCUAAAAACCCAGAGCACUUUGUGGUUUGCAACAGAUCAAAUACGGUGGUCAUUAUGAACAUGCAGGGACAAAUUGUGAGGAGCUUCAGCUCCGGUAAGAGAGAAGGAGGUGACUUUGUCUGCUGUGCCCUUUCUCCCCGCGGCGAGUGGAUCUACUGUGUGGGUGAAGACUUUGUGCUCUAUUGUUUCAGCACAGUGACGGGCAAGCUGGAGAGAACUCUCACGGUUCAUGAGAAGGAUGUCAUUGGGAUUGCGCACCAUCCCCACCAGAACUUGAUUGCCACCUAUAGUGAAGAUGGACUACUGAAACUGUGGAAACCAUAGGACUAAUUUUUAAUUUCCUUCCAUGCAAUGGAAGGAUGUACAUUGUGGUGAUUUUGUUUUGUUUUUUCUUGAGGUCCAGAAAUACUGCUUUUAAACUUCUACUGAAUUUCAUAUUUAGGUGUCCCAAGAGAAAAGUAUAUCCAUUACUUUUAUGAGCAGAGUAAGGCUUGUUAGUGCAGUGCUCACUAAUUGUGUACUAGUGCAGCAAACACAAUUUAAUUUUAGAAAUAGUAACAACUCUUGUAAGAUUUCAUUUAUACUGUGUAUGAAGUUGGUAGGAAAUUAACUCUUUGAGUUCUGAACUACCUUAGUUUUUGUUGACUAAAAGUGAAAUGGAAAUGCAUUCUUAGCAAAGGCAAGAUAAGGAAAGCAAAAUUGUGGAGCUAUUAGAGUCUGAAAAUGACAACUAUGUUGUCUCACCCUGAAUGCUUUAAUGUGGGUUCACUGGUGUUUGCAAUAGACAUGAUCCGGCUGAACUGAAAAUCUUAAAAAUCCCAUUGAUUUCAUUGGAAGACUUUAAAAUGAACUUAACUCUCCUCUUUUGAAAACAUUUAGCUUAAGCCUGUGUGUUUCAAACUGGGAUGGAGUUCUUCAUAAACCUUCCUGGCUUCCGAAAACCAACUGGUGACAAUACUUCCAUGGCUUUCCCCCACUGUGGGCAUUUAACUUCAGCCUCCCAUUUGGCCUGAUUGGCACAGGAAAAUUUUUGUAGAUUUGUAAAUUUUGUAGAUCUGCACAGGAAAGCUUUGGUAGAUCUGUUAAGGCCUUUUCCCCAUCUAUUUUCAGAAAAACUAUCCAGUGUUGUUCUGGCUAUUAAUCUCGCAGUUCAGACUUGUAUGUGUAGCUUUUAUUUGGAGCCAUUUGUUGUCUUGUUCUUCUUUCAGAAUAAAACCUUGUUUAUUACA